GUCUAAAAAAAACGUGGUGACUAAAACAAAAAUUGUUUAGCGGUGAAAGGGUUAAGUACGAGAGUUUAGUACAAUAAUAAGUGUCUAAAAAAUUGUUAAUGAUUAAAGGAAAAGUUGCGCAGCGAUUGAGUUUUGUGGCUGUGGUGUUCAGGUUGCAGUGAAACACGCCCCGGGACACGCGAGUCAUGAGGGGAGCAAGCAGACCAUCCCGCUGGAGGACGUGCACAAAGUCAUGUAAGGGGCACGGCUUUGUCUCGCCGCCAGCCUUGCCUCUCAGCCAGCACGUCGUAAAGAUGCCCAAAGGGACGGAGGGAGAGGACGUAAAGCUUGGCAGGAUGCUGGCGAGGUCUUUGUCCCCCAUUAAGAUCAAAUCAUUAGUCGAGUGAUGCUUGUUCGCUUCUUCAGCUAAGACAGGGGCCUCUAUGAGUGUUUCCUUAGAGCUGAUUGGCUGCCAUAAAGUGGUUUGAUGACACAUUCCACUGGAAACUCUUAACAGUACUGCCUUGUUACUCGUACUUCAUUCUCUUAAACUUACACAGUACUAAUAUUAGUUUUCCUCUUCAGCAUAGACAGGAUCAUUUACGAGUGUUUCCUGAGAACUGAUUGGCUGCCAGAAGGUGGUUAGAUAACACUCACCACUGGAAACUCCUAACAGCACUGCCUUGGAAUUUCUUUCCCUCACACAGUACUGCCACUGGCUAGUUCGCCUCUUCAUCUGAGACAGAAGAAUCUACAAGUGUUUCCUUAGAGCUGAUUGGCUGCCAGAAAGUGGUUAGAUUAUACUCACAACUGGAAAUUCACUACAGUACUACCUUGUUACUUCCUUCUCUCACACAGUACUGCCGCUGGUUAGUUCGCCUCUUCAGCUGAGAGAGAAGAGUCUACGAGUGUUUUCUUAGAGCUGAUUAGCUGCCAGAACUAUUGAAAGUUACUAAAUUCCUAAGAAUAUUGCGUUGUUAUUUUCUUCUCUUAUGCAGUGCAGUCGCCAGUUUUCCCCGUCGUUCAAGAUAAGAGUAGUUUGUUUUGCUCAGUACUGGAUGGUUGACGGAACUGCAUAAAAAAGGGAAGAAAAAUUCACUCCGUUUAGUGCUUCCCUCAAUGCAGCGUUAAUACUCUCUUCCCUUACACACACCGUUGCUAGUUUUUCCUCUUCGGUUAAGAUAAUAAAAGAAAAUUAGCCUUAACUUCUCUCUUUUGCCUCCUCUAUUUCCCCGCAAAUUUUCUUAACGCUGGAUGGUUAAUGCAAUUGCGUGGACAAUGGAAAAAAUACAAAAAUAAUAAUCUUUGCUUGAAUUUCCCCACAGUAGUACAGUAUUAUAUAUUUUUUAUCAAGUUGCAAGAAUGUAUCAUAAAGAUUUGAUCAUGUAAGAUAUACAUACUAGUACACGUAUACUGAACGAAGACUAUCAUGCAUGCAAUCUGCUGGACUGAAGGAUGUUGUGUAUCCCCGUACUGCCAAUGACAAUUCAUAUGAAACUUUUUCCGCCAAACUUUAUCAUAAAAUAAAAUAUACAAACAAGUACACGUAUAGUGAACUGUCAUGCAUGCAAUCUGGAGGACUUGAAGGAUAUUGUGCCUCCCCGUCCUGCUAAUGACAAUUCAUAUGGAACUCUUUUUUUUAUGCCAAAUGUUAUCAUAAGGUAAAAUAUACAAGCAAGUACACGUAUACUGAACUGUCUUACAUGCAAUCUGGAGGACUUCAAGGAUGUUGUGUCUCGCUUUACAGCCAAUAACAAUUCAUGUGGAACUCCUUUCUGGUAAACUUUUAUGGGAAGUGGUAACUAACUGGACUUCUCACCGUUCUCUCUCACCCCAGUCGGCAGGUCCUUUGCACGAGCUCAGUAAAAACCUAACAAUUAAAAUGAAUAAAUAAAAUAGUGUGAUGCUGACUUGAACACACCAAGAUUAUCCGUUGAAAUUUUGCUCCAGGCCUAAGGUUAUAACUGUUGCACCUUGUAUGGCCUGCUGGGAAGAGUUAUGCCUUCUGCAGGAAGUACAGGCACUCCAAGAAAGUUCAAUCCCCCUAUACCGUAAAUUCCCUUUAGCUAACUUUGACCCAACGAAGAUAAAAAAAAAAAAAAAAACAUCCCCAAAAUUGAUAGGUAAGAUAAUUAAUUAUGUUGGUUGGAUAUUUUUGUAGCGGGAAUUGAGGUGAUUCUUUAUGUCUUUAUUUCUUUUUUAUUAUGGAGAAAUCGUCGAGGGUGGAAUUUCCUUGGGUGGACGGGUGGUCUCAUCCCCAUCCACUCGAACCUUGCUUGGCGGCGUCAUCUCUCAAGUGUGAGUGCUGACUAGUCGAGCAGGGGAGUGUGUAUGUGUGUGUGUGUGUGUGUGUGUGUGUGUGUGUGUGUGUGCACCUUGUGAGCUUAACCUUCAGGACGUUGACUCUACCACAGGGCUGUCACUGCUCCCCAGCCGCGUCCGUCUAGUGCAGGGGUCACACGCGUUACAAAACACACACACACACACACACACACACACGUGCAUCAAAGCAUCCUACAGUGUCAUCGCCAGCCGCCGUACAACUUAAUUAAAACGUGGGAGAAUUUAGCACAAGCACCACCGGUAAGAAAAAUAGUCAAGUUUUAUCUUCCUCGGUAAUUAAACACAAUGCUUUUGUUUCUGGGGGAGUGAGUACACAUGCGCGGCUUUGUGUGGCUCGACAAAAGGUAGUGUCGGCGAAUCGGGAGGCGAGACAGUAGGGCGGCGAGGGCACAAGAGGGAGGAAGAGGAAGCAUCAUGGACAGCCAUAACAGUUCUUCGCCUUGUCUUCGAGUUGUAAUGGAGUCAUUCGCUCCCUUCACGGACUUCACGAGGAAGCCCACGCCACACAACUUCCGCGGAAUCAUGCUGCAAGUUCUGCCCAUCAUCGCCAAGAGACUCAAUGUGUGCAUGGAGUACACGGCGGCGCCCAGUCACUUCUUCGGGAGGCGGCUGGAGAACGGCACCUGGACUGGUAUGCUGGGCAUGCUGAGCCGAAAGGAGGUGGCUAUGAGCGGCACUCCAAUGACCGUGAGUGACGAGCGCAUCAUCGCGAUGGACGCGAGUGUUCCUCUUUUCAUGGACAUUCAGACUUUGGUAUACAAUCGACCAAGGCUUGAGUCAGACUUGUUGGGCUUCGUCAGGCCGUUCACGCUGCUGGUGUGGGUGUUGUUCGGGGUGGCGUUGGUGGUGAUGGCCGGCGCGGCCUUCUUGAUAGACAGCCAGUACAGCAGACUUCUCUCCCUCCGCUCUUACUCUUUUUCUUCCACCUCAUCCAGCGUGAAGGCAAUCAUAGAACAGCCGCGCCACCACAACAACGUCUCCCUGGCCGACAUCUUCCAGUGGACCUUCGGAAUUUUCGUGGGGCAGUGCCCGAAGUGGAGGCUGCGAGGCUUCGCGACGCGGCUCACUGCUGCCGUCUGGAUAUUCAUGACUCUGAUCAUUAGUAUCGUGUAUCGCUCCAACCUGAAGGCGAUGCUCAUCUCGCCCAAGCUGCGUCUGCCCUUCGACAGCUUGGAGGAGUUUCUGCAGACCGACAUUCCUGCACUGGUGCUUGAAGGCAGCAUGAUGCACAGACUAUAUCUGGCUGCCCCUCCGGGCUCCGUUCUCUAUCGCCUUCGCAAACACGCCGUCGAGCCGCACCACGACUCGGUGCGCGCCCUCUUCGAUAUCACCAAAGGUCUCUACGCCGUCGUCAGCAGCGGCCUUGGGGGAGACAACGCCAUUAAUUAUUUUUACUCACUGACCAAGACGUGCCCGCUGUACUUCGCGAGGAGGCCAAUCUUCUCCGGCACCACCCUCAGCAUAGGCUACACCAAGGGGUUCGUGCACCGCGCACAGAUCGACACAAUCCUCCAGCAGCUGCGCGACGCCGGCAUCCUGAGCCACCUUUACAAUCACGCACUCUCCAACUUCACCAAAUGUACCCGCUACGCCUCGGUCUCUGACACAGGCGACGUACGGCGAGCCCUCGACCUUGGAGACUUCUUCGGCGUCUUCUGUGUGUACGGCGGAGCGGGCAGGGCAGCCAAGCGUCCUGACACUUGCAGGAGCUCUCGUCCACCUGGCUGAACAUCCCCACCACCUUGGCGAAUGGGCCUUGGUGUUCCGGCUUGGUGCGACAUGAGCAGUGCUGGGGGCGGCUGGACGGUGGUGGCAGGCAGGAGGGCACGCCAGCCUCGGGUUAACUUUUCCCGCCCUCCUCUGCAUUACCAGUUUGGAUUUGGCGACCCGGAAACUCAGCACUGGUUAGGUCUGGAUCACAUACACGCUCUGACACAAGACACCAACUCCUCUUUGCGUCUUUACCUUCAGCAACACUCCCUCACUGCGCCUCUCCACGCUACCUACCACUCCUUCAGCGUGGGUAGCAGAGAAGAGGGAAACCGCCUCACCAUUGGGGGUUACGAUCUCGCGAGCACUGCCGAAGACGCUCUCUCGCCUCACAACGGAGCCAUCUUCACCUGUCCCAGCUCAGGUUUCUCAGCCAACCCCUGCGCGGAUGAGAUGGGCGCUGGCUGGUGGUUUCUGGAGGCGCCGUUAUGCUACCUGGCACUGCCCACAGGUGAGGCGUCAUCUGAUGGGCUGCCCCGGGGCGUGCGUGGCUCCUUGGCGUGGCUCGGGGAGGACCAGAUCCCGGAAAUACUUUUGCUGAUGGUCCGCCGUAAUGGUUAAAUGUUUAUACAGGAAAGUAAACACUUGACUGUUUACUGAUUCUGCUACUGCUAAUGCUGCUUCUACAACUACUAACACUUUGGCCAGUACUUUCACUACCAAGUUACACCGUCUCUAUUUUUGCUACUGUUGGCGUUACUACUAUUACUGAACAUUAAAUCUUCUACAUAGAUUUUCCCACGUAACUCGUAUCACUUCAAGCAAUAUCAUGUAAUACUAGGAAAGCACCACUAAGUUCGGUAAGAGGUGGACAUAAUCUACAUGACUAGGGCCCGAGGCAUCGUUCACUCACUUUUUCGGCUCCAUUCGGUUCAUUCUGCGUUCAGUUUAUUUCUGUCGAACGAAAUGGUAAAUAAAUUUUUCAGGUUGUAU